GCCCGAGCAUGGACGACCCGGACUGCGACUCGACCUGGGAGGAGGACGAGGACGAGGACGGCGAGGGCGCGAGCGCUGGGGGCGACGAGGACGGCGAGGCCGGCGCCCCAGGGGACGCGGACGCGGAGGACGAGGACGAGGACGAAGAGGACGCGCCGGCGGCGCGGCCCGGCGCGCUCCAGGCCAGGACGACGGGGUCCCGAAACUGGCGAGCGGCGCGCGACACACGCAGGUACCGGCACCACUACCCGGAUUUGAUAGAACGGGAUGGCAACGGUGACAUGCCAAACCUGAGUUUCUACAGAAACGAGAUCCGGUUCCUGCCCAACGGCUGUUUCAUUGAAGACAUUCUUCAGAACUGGAGGGAGGACUACGAUGUCCUGGAAGAGAAUCACUCCUACAUCCAGUGGCUGUUUCCUCUGCGUGAACCUGGAGUGAACUGGCAUGCCAAGCCCCUCACGCUCCGGGAGGUUGAGGCAUUUAAAAGCUGCAAGGAGGUCAGGGAGCGGUUUGUGCAGGCCUACGAGCUCAUGCUGGGGUUCUACGGGAUCCAGCUAGAAGACAGGAGCUCAGGUCAGGUGCGCCGAGCACAGAACUACCAGAAGCGCUUCCAGAACCUCAACUGGCACAGCCACAACAACCUCCGCAUCACGCGCAUCCUCAAGUCCCUGGGCGAGCUGGGCCUGGAGCGCUACCAGGCGCCGCUGGCGCGCUUCUUCCUGGAGGAGACGCUGGUGCGCCAGGAGCUGCCAGCCGUGCGCCAGAGCGCCCUGGACUACUUCGUGUUCACCGUGCGCUGCCCGCGCCAGCGCCGCAAGCUGCUGCGCUUCGCCUGGGAGCACUUCCGGCCGCGCCGCAAGUUCGUGUGGGGGCCGCACGACAAGCUGCGGAGGCUGCGGCCACCCCUGCCCGCGGGGGAGGGGGAGGGGAGCCCCGGGGCCCCGGACCCCCUCCCCGGGGCCGGCGCCCCGGGGCGGGCCGGGGGCCAGGAAGGGGAGGCGGGGGGCCGCGGGGAGGGGGGCCCGGAGCCCCCGAGCCCCAAGGAGAACAAGAAGAGGAAGCUGGACGCCAGCCGGCGGGAGCAGGCCCCGGGGGAGCGGGGCGGCCAGAGCGCCUCGGACGUGGAGAAGAUCGCCCUGAACCUGGAGGGCUGCGCCCUCAGCCAGGGCGGGCUGAGCGGGGGGACCCAGGAAUCGGGCAGCCGGGCCCCGGGGGAGGCCGAGCAGUCCUGCCCCCAGCCCCCCCCGGGGGCCAAGGUGGUGGAGGAGGUGAGGAAGAGAAGGAAGGUGGACCGGGGCCCCGGGAGCGGCGACUCGGUGGGUGCCGGUGGUGGGGCCGAGCCCCCAGCCCCCGCCCGGCGCUGCGCCCUGCCAGGGUGCCCCGAGGCCAGAGAGAAGGAUACCGGGGUGGAGGAGGCCGGUGGCCUGGCAGAGCUACAGCAGGGUGCCCCUGGGAGCUCAGCCCCCGCGGGACCCUCGGUAGAUAGGGAAGCAGAGGCGGGGCCUGAGGCCAAACCCAGAAAGCCUUAAGGGAACGGGCCGCCUGGGCAUCCUGCCCUCCGUCCUGCCACGGGUCUGGGGAGCCACGUGGUCAGCUGUUGUCAGCACGGAGCAGUACUGGUCUGUCCCUCCUGGUCACCGCAGCCGUGGAAGGAGCAGAUCCCCGCUCUGGGAAGGCCAGGGACUUGUGGAUCCUUACCUCCAGCUCACUUCCUGCCUCCCUCCUCCAAGCCACCGCCCCCCCCCCCCAUCUUUGUAAAUUGGCCCUCAAGGGUCUGGGGGGUGGGAAUGGGGGCUCAUUUUCUUAGUCUGGUGCCGAAACCUUUUCUGAAUAAACUCAUUUGACUUUGA